UUCACCGAGAAACAAAAUAUAAAAUAAUUUCUAUCGCUUUUUGUGAUAAGAGGGUACAUAAGUAACAGCAAGAUUAUUUGCCGACCUCAUGUGUAUUAUUUGCGUUGCGAGAAGCGGCAGGAACCGCGUGAUUUCUUAUUUAUUUCGUGGAUUAUAGGAACUUGAUUAGUUUAAGUUUAAAGUUCGUUAGAUAAAAUACCUAGUAAUUAAAAAGUUAAAAGUGUAAGAUGGAAGAGGAGGAUACGAAACAGUGUCCCAAUUGCAAGCGCGAGAUACCCUCGAUCAACUUCACGACGCACUCCGUGCACUGCGCGCGUAAUUUACGCAACUGCCCCGUCUGCAAGGAGCCAGUGCCUCUUGCACAACUGCAGGAGCAUCAUGACGCUUUACACAAAGAAGUACCUUGCAAGAAGUGUGGCGAGAGCGUUUGCGGGACAGACCUCGAGGACCACAUCCGGGAUUCCUGUGCGCAGACCAUCAAGCCAUGCAGAUAUUGCGAGCUAGAGCUCCCGCGCCACGCUCUGCCGAACCACGAGAACUACUGCGGCGCUCGAAGCGAGCAAUGCGCAGAGUGCAAGGAGUACGUCAUGAUCAAAUACCGGCAGCUACAUCUGGACUCUAACCACGGAUUUAUACGCCUUUCUGACGAUCCCGUACCAAUACCAAUCAAAGCGAAACCGAAUCCCAUCACCAACGGUUACCCAGCGCCAUCCACCAGUCGUCAAAACGGCACUAGACCUCGACCUCAAACAGAUAUACCUCAAAACGCUCCAAGAUCUGACCUCGGACCCCAAACAGAUAUACAAAACGGUCUCACAAGAUCUGAUCUUGGAACCCGACCUCAAACUCAGAUCAGACAGUUUCCAACUGACAAUAGAGUCCAAGACAGGUUUUCAGGGUCAAGCAAUGAUAGGGGUAUCAAUGGAAGGAUUGAAGCGACACCUAGCGGGUCUAGGGGUGAAAGAGGUAAUGGGGGGGAUAGAGAGAGAAAUGGAAAAGUAACGGUGAAGAGAACGAAUGAUCAGCCGCAGAUUAAUACUAGCGUGGAGCCUAGGGAGAAGGUUCAUAAGGAUUUACCGUCCCGCGGCGCCGUGAAGAAGCGGCCCGCGCCGCCGCCGCCGGCGGACCCUGUGCGCGACCUGCCGUACUGGAGUGCGCAGAGACGCGCUCAGGAUGAAGAGCGGAAGAGACAGGAAGAGACCGCUUACAAUCUUUCCGUUGGACUCCCACCCGUCCUCUCCCCGGCGGCUAAACUCGACAAGCUUCGCAAAAUGGACGCCCUCCACAACCGGGAAGUAGAAGAGACUAUAGCCACAAGUUACGAGGAAGAGUGUGGCAACCAAUAGAACCAGAGGACAUGUAUUAGGCGGGGAGCCAAACAUACCGAUCGAUGAUCUAAGUCACUUAAGGCCUAUGACUGCACAACAGUUUAUGAACAGGUUCCAGGAACUGCAACUAGGCCAAGAGCGUCGUCGACCAACGAACGGGGCUACAUCGCCAGGCAGCUCUGGGACUUCACCGGGGCGGUCGAACGCGAGUUCGGAUCGCUUCAGUGAAAUUAAGUCUUCA